UACUAAAGUGUUUGAGUACAUACUGAAACCGUCUUCAGAAGAAUUCUAAUCUGAAUCGGGUGCGGUGUAUUGUGAUUCAUUCCGAAAUCUCGUUCUAACGUUGUUUUUUGUAUAAAAAGUGUAAUUUUAUGGUGAAAGGUGUAAUCGUUUAAUCACCUUUCGACCAUGAGUUACAUGCAGGCUAAUCAAAAUCGAUCAAUGUCCCACAAUAACUAUCAAGGCCCCGGCGAUCUGCCCAUGGGGUCGUCCAAAGAACAGACGCUCAUGUGGCAACAGAAUUCCUACAUGGGCGAUUCUGGAAUUCAUUCCGGCGCGGCGACGCAGGUGCCGUCGUUAAGUGGGAAAGAAGACGAAGAAAUGGAUCUGUUCGACCUCGAUCAAGGUUUCACUCAGCAAUUCACUCAAGAUCAGGUUGAUGAGAUGAAUAACCAGCUGAAUCAGACUCGUUCGCAAAGAGUUCGAGCGGCCAUGUUUCCGGAAACCCUCGAGGAAGGUAUUGAGAUACCCUCGACGCAGUUUGAUCCACAACACCAAACGGCUGUGCAACGUUUGGCCGAACCGAGCCAGAUGUUAAAGCAUGCCGUGGUCAAUUUGAUAAACUACCAGGAUGAUGCGGACUUAGCGACUCGAGCUAUUCCCGAAUUGAUCAAACUGCUGAACGACGAAGAUCAAGUGGUUGUGUCCCAGGCUGCCAUGAUGGUUCACCAACUAUCGAAGAAGGAAGCAUCGCGGCACGCCAUCAUGAACAGCCCUCAAAUGGUUGCAGCAUUAGUUCGUGCGAUUUCGAAUUCUAAUGAUUUGGAAACCACUAAAGGGGCGGUGGGCACUCUACACAAAUUAUCACAUCACCGCCAAGGUUUACUCGCAAUAUUUAAAAGUGGCGGAAUACCCGCUUUGGUGAAACUGCUCAGCUCGCCUGUAGAAAGCGUCUUAUUCUACGCCAUCACCACAUUACACAAUCUACUUUUGCACCAGGACGGCUCAAAAAUGGCAGUGCGACUGGCGGGCGGGCUACAAAAAAUGGUAGCUUUAUUGCAGCGAAACAACGUAAAAUUCUUGGCCAUUGUUACGGAUUGCUUGCAAAUUCUCGCUUACGGCAAUCAAGAGAGUAAAUUGAUCAUCCUCGCUUCGCAGGGACCAAUCGAACUCGUUAGAAUUAUGCGGUCCUACGAUUACGAAAAGUUAUUGUGGACUACAUCCAGAGUUUUAAAGGUUCUUUCCGUGUGCUCAAGCAACAAACCAGCAAUUGUCGAAGCGGGCGGCAUGCAAGCGCUCGCGAUGCAUUUAGGCAACCCCAGCCAGCGUCUCGUGCAAAACUGCCUUUGGACGCUACGCAACCUGUCUGACGCCGCGACGAAGGUCGACGGUUUGGAAGGUCUGCUUCAGUCAUUAGUGCAAGUUCUGGCGUCGUCGGACGUAAACGUCGUGACAUGCGCGGCCGGUAUCCUCUCCAAUCUAACCUGCAAUAACCAGCGCAACAAAGUGACCGUGUGCCAAGUAGGUGGCGUUGACGCGCUCGUUCGUACAAUUAUAUCCGCCGGCGACCGAGAGGAAAUAACCGAACCGGCGGUGUGCGCCUUGCGUCACUUAACAUCAAGGCAUGUUGAAGCGGAAAUGGCACAAAAUGCCGUGAGACUAAAUUACGGAAUUCAAGUGAUCGUUAAAUUGCUCAAUCCACCGUCGCGUUGGCCACUUGUUAAGGCAGUGAUCGGGUUAAUUCGUAAUUUAGCGUUAUGCGCGGCAAAUCACUCGCCUCUACGCGAACACGGAGCAAUACAUCACCUGGUUCAGCUUCUGAUGCGAGCCUUCCAAGAUACCCAGAGAGUAAGUUCUGUCGCACCACUGAAAUGCGAACUUAUUCCCACUUUGCAGCGAGCUAGCGUUGCAAGCGGAGGCAGUCAGCAGCCUGGUGCUUAUGCUGACGGUGUUCGAAUGGAGGAAAUUGUCGAAGGGACAGUUGGGGCUCUACACAUAUUGGCUCGUGAAUCCCACAACCGCGCCAUUAUACGUCAACAAAUGGUUAUACCUAUCUUUGUUCAACUCUUAUUUAACGACAUAGAAAACAUACAACGCGUCGCUGCAGGCGUGCUUUGCGAGUUAGCGGCGGAUAAAGAAGGUGCCGAAAUGAUCGAGCAAGAAGGUGCAACGGCGCCUUUAACAGAACUUUUACAUUCACGAAAUGAAGGUGUUGCAACUUAUGCAGCGGCAGUUUUAUUUAGAAUGAGCGAAGAUAAACCUCAGGAUUAUAAAAAGCGAUUAUCAAUGGAACUUACCAACUCACUAUUCCGCGAGGAUAACUUAUGGAAUGCAGACUUGGGAAUGGCGCCCGAUCUUCAGGAUAUUUUGAGUCCUGAUCAGGCUUACGAUGGCAUGUAUGCACAAGGUCCCCCUAGCGUUCACAGCAGUCACGGAGGCAGACAGUAUCAGCAGGAAGGGUACCAGAUACCAGUAAUAAAUAUGGAAGGCUUAGAAAUUGGGAGGGAUAUGGACGCAAUGGAUGUUGGCAGUGCAGACCCCGAGCUUAAUUUUGACCCUAUGAACGAACUACCCACUCCUCCCCAGGAUAACAACCAAGUCGCAGCUUGGUAUGAUACUGACUUGUAAGCUUAGUUUCUACUUACCAACAAAUCAAAUUUAAUCGUGUUGAAUGUGUAGCAUUUAAGACUGUCCAUUUACUACAUACUAUAUAUAAUCAUCAUAAUUGUGGUUUUUUUAUAGAUAUUUUAUGUCAUGGAUUUAGUCUGUGAUUAAUUUUAUAUUUUGAUUAUUUUCUCAACCUUUUCACUAUUUUUAAGUGUUGAUGUAAUCAAUAACUAAAUUUAUUGAGCAGUAUUUAUUACAUACUUUUGUAUUUUAUAAUAUUUUUAAGAUUCCUUUUUUUUGUGAUUUGAUGGUUUUCGAAAAGAAUUCAAAUUGUUUAUUGACCACUUGCAUCUUUGAAAACCAUUAUUGUUAUUUGUCUACAAGUGACUGUGAGCUGAUGAGAUACACAACUAUCACUUUUUUAACUCGCACAAUGGCCCAAAUAUACAAAUGACUUUGGUGUUUCCCAGCUUUUACGGUGGCUUGUUAAGCGACUAAUUAUAUUUAAGUCCUUUUUUUUCUCUCUGAAGUGAAAUAUGUGUAAUGUGUGUAAGGCAAGAGUUUUAUGAUUUGAAUACUGCUCCGCCCUGUACAUAUUUACAUUUUCAGUUAGUAUGAUACUAUAAAUACUUCAAUAUUAAAACAGGGUAGCUACAGAAAUUUUACUGCCUGUAACUUUAACUUUAUUAAUGUAUUUGUAGUUAAAAAUAAUUGACUAUAUUCUA